UAUGAAUUGCACCUUAACCUCAAAGCAUAGAAAAAUUUAGUGGCUAGUGCUAAUAUGAAGAAAAUAGUUAUCCAGAUGCAUAUGGAGAGUGACAAAUUUAGAAGCAAAGCUUUGAAAAUUGCUGCUGCCUUUCAAGGUGUGAUUUCAGUGUCAUUAGAAGGUGAAAGCAGAGACCAAGUAGUAGUAAUUGGAGAUUAUCAAAUAGACUGUGUUUGUUUGACUAAAAAGUUGAGAAAGAAAUUUUGUUAUGUUAAUCUUUUAAGUGUUGAAGAUGCAAACGUUUCUGCUAGUUAUGAAGGUGAUGAAGCUAAAGAGGAAGAAAAAGAUGUUGAAGUAACCAUAAAUUCAACAGAAAAUUCAUCGGUUGUUUGUAAUUGUGAGAAAAAUUAUCCUCCACCUUGUCCCUUGUAUUACAUAGUUGAUCAUGAGCCAUACCCUAGUAGUUGCUCUAUCCAAUGAAAAUAUAAUGUGUUACUA